AUGGAGACACUACUUCUGAUUCUUCUUGGACUUCAGACAGUGAUGGGAAUGGGACACUGGUGCGAACACGUAGUGGAGGACAAAGUGGAGCGAGUCCUGUCCCCACGACUGCAGCUUGAAGUGAGCUGCUCUGAGGUGUAUCAGUAUAACACCCAGGGCUGGAGGCUAGAUGUGGACCGGAUGCGUGUCAAGCAUGGAGGCGAUGACGGCAUCGCACUAUACUACAAACAGCAGGGGCCCAAGGCGUCCUGCUUCUUGUACAAACCCCCAGAGAUGGAGACCCACAUGGUGAACAAGACAGUGAGGGCGUGCUGUGAGGGCUGGGGCGGCUCACGCUGCUCAGAGGGUGUGGGUGUGCGUGGUCAGUGUUACUCUACGUGGAACUGUGAGGAGUUCCCUGGAAUUCAUAACUCCUCCCUCAUGCCCAUGGAGCAGUGCUGCAGCAGCCUGUGGGGACUGACCUGGAGAAAUGCCUCUGACCAGACCUGCUUGUCCUGCACCUACACUCUGCUUCCUGACUCCCAGUCCUCCCCACUGGUGCGUAGCGGCCUGCUGGGUAGUGCCAGGGUGCCUCAGGGUUCGGCCACUUGCACGUCCUGGGGUGGAUCCCACUACCGCACCUUUGACAGGAAGCACUUCCACUUCCAGGGCAGCUGCACUUACCUGCUGGCCUCCUCUACUGAUGGGACAUGGGCAGUCUACAUCAGUACAGUCUGUGAUGGGAGAGGAGACUGCACUAAGGCUUUGAGGAUGAUGCUGGGUCUAGAUCUGGUUUCCGUUCAUCACAGGAACUUAACGCUGAACAACUUUCCCGUUCCAAAUGGAGAACCUCUUUUCCAAAAUGGAGUCAGUGUCCAUUGGCUGGGGGACUUUGUGUUUGUGGAGAGUGGCCUGGGUGUGAGGGUGAAGUUUGACCUGGUCAAUACGGUUUACCUGACAGUGACCGCUGAGCACCUGGCCGCCACCAGGGGCCUCUGUGGAGUCUACAACAACAACGCUGAUGAUGAUUUUACCACAAUGGGUGGAACUGUGUCCCAGUACGCCGCCAGCUUCGGUAACUCAUGGAAAGUUCCUGACCAGCAGAAUCAAGGCUGCAGCGAUGCGGCUGAGCUCGGUCACAGCUGUGAUGUCUCAGGACACCCUGCCCUACGUAGACAGGCAGAAUCUGUGUGUCAUCAACUGCUAGAAAACCCCUUCGCAAGCUGCCACACCCGGUUGGACCCAGCAGCAUACAUCGACACCUGCCUCUACCUGUACUGCAGCCUGCCACCCAAAGAGAGGGAUGGGGCAGUGUGUGACACUUUGGCCAGCUACGCUCGAGAGUGUGCCCAACAACACGUCAUCAUCGCGUGGAGGACGGCCACCCUCUGCGGUCGUGUCUGUCCCAGAGGCCAGGUGUUUUCGGACUGUGUGUCCUCCUGUCCCCCCAGCUGUGCAUCUCCCCAACCCCCAGGACCUGCUGCGGCCGUUGGCCAGUGCAGGGAGGAGUGUGUGGGGGGCUGCGAGUGUCCGCCAGGCCUCUACCUUCACCAGGGACUCUGUCUAAAAAGAGACGAUUGUCCUUGUUUCCAUCGCAGACGCACCUACCGGUCAGGGGACAGGAUACAGCAGAAAUGCAACACCUGUGUGUGUCGAGCAGGCCAGUGGCAGUGUAGUGGGGAGAAGUGCGCAGCCCAGUGCAGCCUGAUGGGGGCACUACAGGUGACCACCUUUGACAAAAAGAGGUAUUCACUGCAGGGUGGAGAGUGCCCCUUCACUGCUGUGGAGGACUUUGUUGACAGGAAGCUUGUGGUGAAUGUGCGCUGUGGAGAGUGUACAGCAGGAGGAGGAGGAGGAGGAGGAGGCCUGGGUUGUCUAAGGGAGAUGUCAGUCACAGCACUCCGCACCACAGUCACCAUCACUGACACUGGUACAGUGACACUGAAUGGGCAGAGAGAGGCGCUACCUGUGGUGUCAGGGGACCUGGUUGUGCGUAGAGCCUCCUCUUCAUCUCUCAUCGUCCAGACCUUUGGAGCACAGCUACUCUGGUACCUAGAUGGACCCUUAGCCCUCAUCACCUUGCAACCUGGGUUUGCAAACAAGGUGCGCGGCCUGUGUGGAACACUGACCUGGAACCAGCAUGAUGAUUUUACCACCCCAGAAGGAGACGUGGAGAACAGCGUGUCAUCCUUUGCAGGGAAAUUCACAUCAGAGCACUGCACUGUACCUGGAGGAGCUCCACCUGAUCCCUGCACCACAUACACCCAGAGGAGAUACUAUGCAGAGACAGUGUGCUCCAUCAUUCACAGCCCCGUCUUUCAGGUGUGCCAUGACGUGGUGGAGAGGGAGCCCUAUUUCCGUCUCUGUCUGUCGGAGGUUUGUGGCUGCGCUCCGCCGAAGGCCUGUCACUGCACCGUCCUCACCGCCUAUGCCCGACACUGCGCUCAGGAGGGCGUCGCAGUCCAGUGGCGCAACCACACCUUCUGCCCUGUCCAGUGUUCAGGGGGUCAGGUGUACCAGGAGUGUGGCCGUGCGUGCGGAAGCUCCUGUUCCGACCUGCGUCAGGGCUGGGGCUGUGAUGACGGCGGCGGCGGAAUGGGCCUUAGGAUGUGUGUUCCAGGUUGCCAGUGCCCAGCAGGACUAGUGCAGGACCACCAGGGCCAGUGUGUGCCCAUCACCAUGUGCCCCUGUGUGCAAGAAGACAAGACGUACAAGCCUGGGGCUGUCAUUCAGAACCACUGUAAUACCUGUGUGUGUGAGCAGGGGCUGUUUAACUGCACUCAGGAGCGCUGUCAGGAGGUGAACCCGUGUCCAGGCUCUCUGAUCUACUCCCCACGCUCCUGCCUGCUCACCUGCUCCAGCCUGGACCCUCCUGGCCAACAGCAGGGGCCCAGUGUCGGACAGUCGAGCUGCAGAGAGCCCCUGUCUGGCUGUGUCUGUCCCCAGGGAACUGUCCUACUAGGUGAUCGCUGUGUUCAGCCGGAUGAGUGCCCGUGUCACCACAAUGGUCGACUUUACUACAGCAACGACACCAUCACUAAAGACUGCAACACAUGUGUGUGUAAGGAGCGCCGCUGGCACUGCAGCCAGUCUACUUGUGCGGGCGUGUGCGUGGCCACUGGGGAUCCACACUAUGUGACGUUCGAUGGCCGCUGUUACUCUUUCCUGGGCGACUGCCAGUACGUGUUAGCAAGGGAGACCGGUGGUUUGUUCACUGUCACGGCGGAGAACGUGCCCUGCGGGAGCACCGGGGUCACCUGCACGAAGUCGGUCACCCUCAGCCUGGGAAAUACCGUCAUACACCUGCUGAGGGGUAAAGCUGUGACAGUAAACGGGAUGCCAGUCGCUCUACCAAAGUCCUACAGUGGCAGUGGUCUGACUUUGGAAAGAGUCGGGCUGUUUGUGUCCCUGUCCUCCCGAGUCGGGGUCACUCUGCUAUGGGAUGGAGGUAUGCGUGUGUACGUGCGUCUGGCUGCCCACCUGCGGGGUCGGGUCGGGGGCCUGUGCGGUAACUUUGAUGGGGACGCGGAGAACGACUUCACAACACGGCAGGGCAUCGUGGAGUCUACAGCCGAGCUGUUUGGAAACUCCUGGAAGGUCAGCCCCUCCUGCCCGGACGUGGCAGAUCAGGACCUCAGAGACCCCUGUGCUAUGAACCCCCACAGAGUGACAUGGGCUAGGAAGAGGUGUGCAGUCCUGACCCAGGAACUCUUCUCUCAGUGCCACCCUGAGGUGCCCUUCCAGCAGUAUUAUGACUGGUGUGUCUUUGAUGCUUGCGGCUGUGACUCAGGUGGGGACUGUGAAUGUCUCUGCACAGCCAUUGCUGCCUAUGCUGAGGAAUGUAACCGCCGAGGGGUCUACAUCCGCUGGAGGUCCCAGGAGCUCUGUCCUCUGCAGUGUGAGAACGGACUGGUGUACGAUCCCUGUGGUCCUGCCUGCUCUCUCUCUUGCCCCGGUGUCCAGCAGAGUCCACAGUCCCAGUGUGGCGCCCUCUCCUGUGUGGAGGGCUGCUUCUGCCCCGCUGGCACUGUCCGACAUGGAGACAGCUGUGUUGUUCCUGCUGAGUGUCCAUGUGAGUGGGAUGGCUCCAUGUUUCCACCUGGAACCACCAUCACUCAGCACUGCCAAAACUGUUCCUGUGACGAUGGCGUGUGGCAGUGUGAGGGCGUGGCCUGCCCUCCUCCCUCUCCUCCCUGUUUAGAGUCAGAGUUUACCUGUGCUCGGGGACGUUGCAUCCCCUCUCAGUGGGUGUGUGACAACGAGGACGACUGUGGCGACGGUUCAGAUGAGCUCUGUCCGUCCACCUGCUCUCCAGACCAGUUCCGCUGUACGAGCACACCAAGUGGACCAUGUUUGAACCUGGCUCUGCGUUGUGAUGGCCACCCAGACUGUGCUGACCAAUCAGAUGAGGAGUUCUGUGGACCGGCCACCCCCGUGCCCCUGUGCCCUCCGGGGGAGUUUCAGUGUGCCAACGGAAAGUGUCUGCCAGCCAGUCGUGUCUGUGAUGGACGGCUGGACUGUGGCUUUGCUGAUGGGUCCGAUGAGCAAGACUGUGGUGUGGUGUGUGACGAAGGGGAGUUCCUGUGCGCUGGAGGACGCUGCAUUCUCUACCUCCACCGCUGCGAUGGACAUGACGACUGUGGGGACCUCAGUGAUGAGAGGGGGUGUGUGUGUGCACCAGGGGAGUUUCAGUGCCCAGGGGACCAGUGUGUCCCUGCAGACAGAGUGUGUGACGGACAUAGGGACUGCCCCUCUGGAACAGAUGAAGCUGUCUGUCCAAGCAAAGUGACUUGUGCUCCUGACCAGUUUGCCUGUAGAGACGGGACGUGUGUUUCCACAACCAUGCUGUGUGAUGGGACAUCAGACUGCCCGGGUGGAGAGGAUGAGAACAGAACCGUUUGCUACACCGUUAUCGUAACACCGUUACCCCCACAUGUCACCCCGACUGUGCCCACUUCAGCUUGUAGGUCCUAUGAGUUCAGCUGUGCCACUGAGGGGCAGUGUGUGCCUCAGGCCUGGCGGUGCGAUGGGGAGACAGACUGUAUGGACGGCAGUGAUGAGCAGCAGUGUACCACCCUCUGUGGCCCUGGCCAGGUUCCAUGCCUCAGUGGGGACCAGUGUGUUGACCACCACCAUCUCUGUGAUGGGACUCCACAUUGCAGGGAUGCGUCAGACGAGAGCAUAGACAACUGUGGCUCUACCCAGAUACCUCCCUGUCCAGGCAGCUUCUCAUGUGACAACCGCACCUGUGUGAACAUGACACAGGUGUGCAACGGCGUCCCAGACUGUCCGCGGGGCGAUGAUGAGUUGGUGUGUGAUAAAAACGUCUCACCAGUGCCCCCUGGCAGUAGGAACACCACCUGCCCUGAAUUCAGCUGUAUGGAUGGAUCCUGUAUCCCCUUCAACAUGGUUUGUAAUGGUGUGGCAGACUGCCCAGACUCCUCACUAGCACCGCUUGGAGGCCCCACAGAUGAGCAGGGCUGUAGAACAUGGAGCGCUUGGGGUCCCUGGAGCCCCUGCAGCACCUCCUGUGGGACAGGCACCAUGAGCCGGCAGAGAGCCUGCCCUCCAGGAGACCCACUGCGCCAAUGUCGGGGACAGGACGUCCAGAGGCAGCAGUGCUUCAACACCACCUGCCCAGUGGAUGGUCAGUGGCUGCCCUGGGUGAGCUGGUCAAACUGUUCCAGUGGUUGUGGUGGAGUGCAGGUCCGACACAGAGGGUGCAUCCCUCCUCGCUACGGAGGCCGAGACUGUUCUCAGCUCCCUGGACCAUCCAACCUGGCCACGGAAAUCAAGCCUUGUCCUGACGAUGGAUGUGCCAACACCAGCUGUCCCACUGGGCUGGUGAGACACAGCUGUGCUCCCUGUCCAAUGUCCUGUGCCCACAUCAGGAGCGGGACAACCUGCGACCCCACAGCACCCUGCUUCUCAGGUUGCUGGUGUCCAGAAGGCCAGGUGAUGAGCCAUACGCAGCAGUGUGUGUCACCAGAGGAGUGUGUGUGUGAGGUGGCAGGGGUGCGCUACUGGGCGGGACAGCAGAUAAAAGCGGACUGUGACAUCUGUGUUUGCGAGAGAGGAAGACCUCAGAGAUGUCAGCCCAACCCAGAGUGCUCAGUGCACUGCGGCUGGUCCUCAUGGUCUGAGUGGGGAGAGUGCUUGGGGCCCUGUGGUGUCCAGAGUGUUCAGUGGUCUUUCCGCAGCCCAAAUAACCCCACCAAGCACGGAGACGGGAGAACGUGCAGAGGAAUUUACAGGAAAGCUCGCCGGUGUCAGACGGACCCCUGUGAUGAGUGUGAGUACCAGGGUCAGGCACAUGCUGUAGGAGACAGAUGGAGGUCAAAACACUGCCAGUUAUGCCACUGUCUGCCCAACCUUACCGUGCAGUGUUCCCCCUAUUGUCCAUACGCUGCCACUGGAUGUCCACAGGGUCAAAAUCUGGUGCCUGGAGAGGGAGACAGGUGUUGCUACUGCCAAGGGGAGAAUGACACCAUUCUUGUGACAGUUAGCCCUGCUUCUGUUACCUCCAAGCCAGCAGAGGAUGCUACACCCCCUAUUCCCACAUAUCCACUUCCUCCUGGAGACGAGUGUUGGUCUCCCCUCGGUGUCCUGUCUCUGCCGGCCUCGAGUUUCAGCGCCUCGUCACAUCAGACUGGUCACCCACCUGAGGCAGCUCGCCUCCAUGGAUGGGACUCCCACAGAGAUCUCCAGGGCUGGAGUCCAGAACCCGAAGAAUAUAAGGACCUACCACAGCGGAGCCCCGAGGGACGCACAAGCAACACACAGAGCCCUUAUCUACAGAUAGACCUGCUGAAACCGUACAACAUCACUGGUGUGUUAACUCAGGGUGGUGGUGUGUUUGGCACGUUCGUGUCCAGCUUUUACAUCCAGUUCAGCCAGGAUGGCAGACAGUGGUCCACGUACAAAGAGCUCGUCACUGAUGCCCGGCCCAGAGCCAAGGUUUUUCUUGGUAACCAUGAUGAUCGAGGUGUGGCGGAGAGCAGACUGGACAGGAUGGUGUCGGCUCAGUUUGUUCGCCUGCUGCCACAUGACUUUCAGAACGGCAUCUAUCUUCGACUUGAGAUUAUGGGCUGUGGUGAUGGUUAUCGCUGGUUAACUACCUCCACCCCUCCCUCGCCAGUCUCCCCAGCGGGCGGCUGCAGAGCGAAGGAGUUCCAGUGCAAAAACGGUCGCUGUGUGCCAGCAGGUCCACUGGGAGUUGUCUGCGAUGGAGUCAAUGACUGUGGGGAUGGAUCCGAUGAGAUGUACUGUGGUACUCAGCCCUCCUCUACCACCACCAGUCCACGCAGCUGCCCUGCUGGACAGUUCUCCUGUCCCCCACCAGGGGGCUGCAUUGAGGCAGGGAAACGAUGUGAUGGUAUCCCCCACUGUCCCAAAGGAGAGGAUGAAGCUGGCUGCCACCCCCACGACAACUUCACAACCCAGUCAGACAGACCAUACACACCCACCCCUGUUCCUCUCAGGACUCCAUCCAUGGCUGCUGUCACUCAUGCUGCAGUAACACCAACAGGUGGUGGCCCAGGAUAUCGUGGUAUCUGCUCCUCUCCCCUUGGGCUGGAGGACGGGAGAAUUCGAUACGGUCAGCUGACCUCAUCCUCACAUCGUGAGAACAACCCUGCUGAUGCUGGGAGACUAAACAUCGUCCCUAAUGUUCAGGUUAUGGAGCCUGGGUGGAGUCCCUUGCCUACAGAUGCCCAGCCAUAUUUUCAGGUGGACUUCCUGGAGCCCAUGUGGGUAUCGGCGGUGGUGAUGCAGGGUAGCGAACGCAUGCGGGGCUACCUCACUAAAUACCGCCUGGCCUUCGCGCUGCACAGCAGCCUCUUCACAGAUUACACAGAGAAUGGGAAACCUGGUGGACCUGCUGAGGUGUUCGAGGUGCGGAUGGUGGGCAGGACCCCUGUGACCCGCCGGCUCGAUCGACUGGUCAGAGCUCGCUACCUGCGCAUCAUCCCAGUGGAGUUCAGACACACCUUCUACAUGCGUGUUGAGAUCCUUGGGUGCAGAGGAGAUGAGCUGGUGACCCCCAGCAGCGUAACCUCGUCUCCCUCCGGUGGUGGGAAAGUGACGGUACAGCGCUGUAAACCAGGCCAGUUUGCAUGUCAGCACAGCGAACAGUGCGUCUCUGUCUCUGUGCUUUGUGACGGUCGACCGGACUGCAAGGACCACUCUGAUGAGAUCAACUGUGGUACAGCCCCAACCAGAGGUUCACCAGGGCUGCAGAACCAGACCAGCUCCACGGGGAGACCAGGUUUCCGUGAUGGCAGUACAACAGGUGCCCCAGGCCUCCAUACCACCAGGUCCCAAGGUCACCUUCCUGGUGUGGCUACAUCAGGUCAGCCUGGACUUCAGAAAACUAUGAUUGGAGUCACCACAGGUCAGCCUGGACUUCACCGCACUACAACCCCUCACUCUGGAAGGCCUGGUCUACAAACCACAAAAGCCCAGUGGAUCACCACUGCCCCCGAUGACGGUGGCCUACCCAGAGUGCUUUGCGUGGAGGGCCAGUUUGCAUGCCGGUCAUUUGGCUGCGUGGACUCUGCGCAGGUGUGUGACGGCAGACAGGACUGUUUGGACGGGUCAGAUGAGGAACGCUGUGGCACCACAGUCAGACCCGUGGUGACUUCUCAGCGCCCCCUGGUGCCCAGCCCAUGCUCUCCUAAGCAGUUCCCCUGUGAGAGUGGGGAGUGUGUUCACCUGGACCGCAGGUGUGACCUACAGAAGGACUGUGUGGAUGGGUCUGAUGAGAAAGACUGUGUGGACUGCAUCAUGUCCCCAUGGACAGCUUGGAGUGCAUGCAGUGUGUCCUGUGGUCUGGGCUCCUUGUUUCGGCAGAGGGACAUACUGAGGGAGGCUCUGCCUGGAGGGGCCUGUGGUGGAGCCCAGUUCGACAGUCGAGCCUGUUUUCCACUUGCAUGUCCUGUUGAUGGUCGCUGGUCUGAGUGGACAGAAUGGUCGGAGUGCGAUGCUCAGUGUGGAGGUGGAGUGAGGCGGAGGAACAGAACCUGCUCUGCUCCCCCUCCUAAGAAUGGCGGGCGAGACUGUGAGGGCGUGACCCGGCAGAGCCAGAUCUGCAACAGCCAGCCCUGCACCAAAGACAUCGCCACACAGACAGGCUGUUUGAACGGCAUGGUGCUGGUGACUGAGGCAGACUGCCAGGCUGGAAGAGUCCAACCUUGUCCUCCCACCUGCUCACACCUCAGCUUGGCCAACAACUGCACUGCAGCAUGCAUACUGGGCUGUCGCUGUCCCAAUGGUCUGUACCUUCAGGAGGGGCGAUGUGUAAAUGCCAGCCAAUGUGUCUGUCACUGGGACAGCCAAACACUGCAGCCAGGACAGACAGUCAGCAGGGACCAGUGUACCACAUGUGUGUGCAGGGAUGGACAAGUCACCUGUGACACCUCCAGCUGUGUGAUGAGCUGUCAUUGGUCAGCCUGGUCGUCAUGGUCCCCAUGUGAUGUAACCUGUGGUCUGGGGCUACAGCAACGCUACAGGUCCCCGGUGAACCCAGCAGGAGCAGUCAGAGUCCAGCCCUGUCCCGGAGAGUCCACUGAGGCCCGCAGCUGCUCCAGCCCCUGCCUCCCUGUGCUCCCAGAUGGAGUUUGGAGUAAAUGGACUGACUGGUCAGAGUGCAGCAAGACAUGUUUCAACCUCGUAGAUGAGGUCGGGAUCAGACGCCGAUUCCGCAGCUGCAACCACACACUCACACCGUUCAACCACACACACUCUGGUUGUGAUGGAGACAGCGAGGAGCAAGAGCCUUGCAACACCGUGCACUGUCCAGUGAACGGCGGCUGGUCAGCCUGGUCACCGUGGUCUCAGUGUUCAUCUGAGUGUGACUCUGGUGUCCAAACCAGAGAGCGAUUCUGCAGUUCACCCUCACCACAGCAUGGGGGCAGCAGCUGCCUCGGGCCACACAUCCAGACCAGAGACUGCAACUCUCACCCCUGCUCAGGUGAGUGUCCGGAGGGCAUGGUGUACAUGACAGCAGCAGAGUGCGAGGCCCACGGCGGUGCGUGUCCGCGGGUAUGUUUGGACAUGACCUCCACCGAUGUGCAGUGUGCCACAGCCUGUUAUGAUGGCUGCUACUGUGCCCCGGGCUUCUACCUGCUGAACGGCAGCUGUGUGCCCUUGGCACAGUGUCCGUGUUACCAUCAGGGGGAGAUGCACCCAGCCGGGGCCACCCUGCUUGUCGAUUCCUGCAAUAACUGUACCUGCACUAAUGGAGAGAUGGAAUGUGGAACAGCUCCUUGCCCUGUGGACUGUGGCUGGAGCAGCUGGACCCAUUGGAGCACCUGUAGUCGAACAUGUGAUGUUGGUGUGAGGAGGAGGUAUCGUUCAGGAACUAAUCCUCCUCCAGCGUUUGGGGGUCGUCCCUGCAAAGGAGACAGAAUUGGGAUCGAUACCUGCAGCAUUGAACCCUGCUUUGGUGUGAAGGAGCCAUGGAGCGCGUGGUCGGACUGCUCAGUCACAUGCGGAGGAGGCUACAGGACCCGAACCCGAGGGCCGAUUCGAAUCCAUGGCACAGCUCAGCAGUUCAGCGCCUGUAAUCUGCAGCCCUGCGGUGAUGGCCGAGUGUGUCCUCCAGGCCAGGAGUGGAAACAGUGUGUGAGGGGGUCAGUGUCGUGUGCGGACCUCACAAUGGACCUCAGCAGGAACUGCACACCAGGCUGCCAGUGUCCACAAGGGACUGUCCAACAGGACGGUGUGUGUGUGCAGGAGUCUGACUGCCGCUGUGAGGUGGACGGGAAACAGUACAAACCAGGAGACACUGUUCCCGCAGACUGCAACAACUGUACAUGUGAAGCAGGGAGGCUGGUAAACUGCUCUCGAAGCAGCUGCAGUGUUGAUGGCCAGUGGUCCGUGUGGACUCCUUGGGGUCAGUGUUCAGUGUCGUGUGGAGCAGGUCUCCAGUCUCGGUACCGGUUCUGUUCUAGUCCUCAGCGCUCCGGAAGCGGCCUGCCAUGUCUGGGGCCUCACAGAGAGGACCAAGUCUGCAUCAGCACCCCAUGUGACCGCGACGGUGGGUGGGGUCAGUGGAGUAACUGGACGGACUGCACCAAGUCAUGCGGCGGGGGUAUUCGGAGCCGGAGGAGAGAGUGUGACAGUCCCAGUCCGGAGGGGGAGGGGAAUUACUGUGAGGGGCUGGGAACUGAGGUCAUAGCCUGCAACACUGAUCACUGUCCAGUCGCUCCGUGUUCUCAGGUUCCUGGCACAGUGUUCAGUAGCUGUGGUCCCUCCUGCCCUCGCUCCUGUGAUGACCUGGCACACUGUGAGUGGCGAUGUGAGCCGGGGUGCUACUGUACGGAGGGAAAGGUCCUGUCUGCUAAUGGGACGGUUUGUGUAGAGAGAGAAGACUGUCCCUGCCUGGACAUCAGCACUGGACAGUGGUUGGAACCAGGAGAGACCAUCGAAGCCCAUGAUGGAUGUAACAACUGUACCUGUGAAGGUGGGAGGCUCAACUGCACUAGGUACACCUGUCCAGUGUCAGGUGACUGGUGUGAGUGGUCAGAGUGGACUCCCUGCUCCAGGACCUGUGGGGCAGAGUCGGUGUCCCGCUACAGGAGCUGUAGCUGCCCUGAGCCCAAGGCUGGAGGAGCGGCCUGCUCUGGAGAACAGGAAAUACACAAUGGGGUUGGAGUUCAGAUCCAGAGACAGCCCUGCCCUGUCAUCACCUUCUGUCCUGUCCAUGGUUCAUGGAGUCCCUGGUCUCUGUGGUCGGACUGUGACGGGUGCGCCGGGUCGUCCGCUCGCACCAGGGAAUGCAACAGUCCUCCUGCCAGGUUCGGUGGCCUGCCCUGUCUUGGAGAGAGCAGGCAGAGCCGCGGUUGCCAUGACAACAUCACCGUCUGCUCAGACUGUGGUGGAGGCCAGGAAGAAUGGCCUUGUGGGAAGCCCUGUCCUCGCUCCUGUUCAGAUCUCCAUGGCGACACAGUGUGCUUGGACUCCCCUGGGUGCAGCCGGACUUGCGGUUGUCCAGGUGACAUGGUUCUGCAGGAUGGAGUGUGUGUGACCAGGGACGAGUGUCGCUGCAAAUACCACAACAGCUCUGCUACGGGUGGUCUAGAUUCCAGUAAUGCAUCGUGGGUAUGGCCUGGUGAAUCUGACUGGCAGAUUGCAAACCCAGGAGACAGCAUCAUCAGCGACUGCAAAAACUGUUCAUGUGAGGCUGGGGUUCUGCAGUGUCAGUCAGUCCCUGGUUGCAAUGUUGACGGUGGCUGGAGCCAGUGGGGAGCCUGGACCGAGUGCUCGCUCCCUUGCGGAGGAGGAAUCACGUUCAGGAGACGCCAGUGUGAUAAUCCAUCUCCUCAGAGCGGUGGAAGAGGCUGCCUGGGAGCCACUGAACAGCAGAAAGACUGCAACGUACACCUGUGUACAGACUCAGUGGGCCCGUGGCUGCCCUGGUCUCAGUGGUCGGUGUGUUCGGUCAGCUGUGGUGGAGGGCAGCAGUCCCGCACUCGUCUCUGCAGCUCCCCGCCCUGCAGCGGCCUCAGUCGCCAGAGCAAGAUGUGCAACACCCAGGUCUGCCUCGAUGUGGGCUGCCCUCCAGGCAGGCUAUACAGGGAGUGUGAGCGUGGGGAAGGCUGUCCGUUCAGCUGCGCUCAGGUCAGUGGCAGGGAGGGCUGCUACUCAGAUGGCUGCGAGGAAGGCUGCCACUGCCCUCCACAGACCUACCAACACCACGGAGUCUGCCUGCAGGAGUGUCCAUGUCUGGUCGACGGAGAGUUUCUGGCUUCCUUGCAGAGUGUAUCUCUCACGCCGGUCUCAUCUCUGCUCCUCUACAACAUCUCUGAGGGAAUGGAACUUCAGUCCGGAGACACGCUGGUCCAUGACUGCAGCACAUGCGGCUGUGAACAUGGCAGGUGGAAUUGUUCCUUGGAGCGCUGCCCCGUCGACGGUGGCCUGUCACCCUGGGGCCCCUGGAGCCCAUGCUCGCUAUCCUGUGGAGGUCUGGGACUGAAAACACGCUCCAGGGGUUGCACUCACCCCGCUCCGGCCCACGGAGGGAGAGAUUGCCAGGGGCCACGCCAGGAAACCACCUACUGUCAGGCCCCUGACUGCCCAGUGAUUGUUGGUCCUACAGAAGAACCAGUUGUACCUGAUGAGGAUGCUGGCUUCUCUCCCUGGUCGUUGUGGAGUCCCUGCACGAAGACCUGCAGCGAUGCUCUCCGGCCGGCCGUGAAGUCCCGUCAUCGACAGUGUAUAAAACCUCCCUGCUCUGGAAGCUCUCACCAAGAGAAGCCCUGCAACCUGCCUCAGUGUCCAGGUGAGGUAUGCACGGGAGCCGACUGUGCGAGGAGGAACUGUUCGUGGACAGAGUGGGGGGAGUGGGGCUCGUGCUCGCGAUCUUGUGGAGUGGGUCAGCAGCAGAGGAUCCGAACCUUCCACAGCCCCGGGGCCAACGGCUCGUGGUGCGAAGACAUCCUCGGAGGGAACCAGGAGCAGCGCUUCUGUAACAUCAGGCCCUGCAGAGUGGAUGGAGGUUGGUCCCGGUGGAGUCCCUGGUCCCGCUGUGAUAAGCGCUGUGGCGGCGGACGCUCCAUACGCACUCGUUCCUGCUCCAGCCCUCCACCCAAGAACGGUGGGAAAAAGUGUGAAGGAGAGAAGAACCAGGUCAAACCCUGCAACACCAAACCCUGCGAUGAGAAAGGUUGCCCGCCGGGCCAGGAGUUCGUGCCGUGUGCCAACCAGUGUCCGCAGCGCUGCUCGGACCUCCAGCAGGGCAUAGAGUGCCAGGGCAACACCGAAUGUCAGCCUGGCUGUCGCUGCCCUAAAGGCCAGUUGCAGCAGGACGGGAUGUGUGUGCAGCUUUGGCAGUGUGACUGUGUGGACUCACUGGGACAGACUUGGGCAGCAGGCAGCUGGCAUCAGGUGGACUGUAACAACUGCAGCUGCUCCGAUGGACAGCUUCUCUGCACCAAUCACAGCUGCCAGGCUGCCUGUGUUUGGAGCUCGUGGUCCAGUUGGGCGUCAUGCAGCGUUUCCUGUGGGCAGGGCCAGAGAACCAGAUACAGGUCUCUGAUCCCAGAGACUGAAGGAACAGAUUGCCAGUUUGAGGAAGUCCAGCAUAAAUCCUGCGACCCAGGACCCUGCCCGCCUCUCUGUCUCCAUGACAACCAGGAACUCAGCGUGGGAGACACCUGGCUGCAGGGAGAGUGUAAACAAUGCACGUGUACGCCUGAGGGAGAUUACUGCCAAGACAUAGACUGCAGAGUGGACGGUGGUUGGACCCCCUGGUCAGUUUGGUCUGACUGCUCAGUGACCUGUGGACAGGGGACAGAGGUUCGAACUCGUGCCUGCAUCAACCCCCCACCACGAAACAAUGGGUCUUACUGCAGUGGGCCAGAGAGAGAAAGCCAGGGAUGUCACACCCCUCCCUGUCUGGAUGACCUUUGCCCCUGGUCGCCAUGGUCACCGUGCUCCCGGAGCUGUGGUGCAGGGUCUGUGUCGCGGCGCAGGGUGUGUGUGUGUGAGGAGGGAGGCGAUUCAGCGUGUCCCGCUGAGAUGGAGGCUGAGAGGAACAGAGAGGAGACACAGCUGUGCUACAAACAGCCCUGUCCAGGUUGUCCCAUGUCGGAGUGGAGCGUUUGGUCUCAGUGCUCCUGUGUGUCUCAGAGGCAGCAGCGAUACCGUGUUGCUCUCUCCCCGGCCACCAGGGGACAACAGUGCACUCCUGUUGAGACGCAGAGCAGGACCUGCAGCCUCAGCCAAUGUGACGACUGUGAAGCUCCCUUCGUGUACUCAGGCUGUGGUGCACCCUGUGAGAAGCAGUGUGCACUUCAGGGUCGGGGAGAUCUGUGUUUAGGUGUCAGGGAGUGUACACCUGGCUGCUACUGCCCACAGGGGCUGCUGCAGCAGAAUGGUACCUGUGUCCCUCCAGAGGAAUGUGGCUGCAUCCACCUGCAGCACCAGGCUUCGGGGCAACCACCCACACCUGUCACCGUCCCUCAGGGCGCCGUGGUCACCAUAGGCUGCAGUACCUGCCUUUGCCAUGAUGGGACUUUGCAGUGUGACAUGAGAGAGUGUGAAGUCAUCGUCAGCGAGUGGUCAGAGUGGACUUCCUGUUCUCCCUGUGCACCCUCGUCCUCCCAGCAGCACGACACAGGGGUUAUCGGUGGCAAUAAAAUGGUCUCAAUCCAGAGGCGUUUCCGGGCCUGUUUGGACCUUGAUUCUGGUCUUCCGGUCUCUGCAGAAGAAAAAGAGAGCCAAUGUCCCGAACUGCUGGUAGAGGAGAGGCUCUGUCCAGAUGCUAACAUCUGCAGAGAUCUGUGUCAGUGGAGUGUGUGGAGUGCCUGGACAGCCUGUGCAGAGCCAUGCAGCGGUGGAGUCAGGCAGCGCUACAGACGGCCCCUGGCCUCUCCUCUGGGCCCCCACUGUAAGAGCCAACAGACCCAGAGCCAGAGCUGCAACACAGGACUCUGCCUAGGUGAGCGCUGUGAGGACAGGGGACGCGCCUACCAUGAGAGCUGUGCCAAUCAGUGCCCUCGCAGCUGCACUGACUUAUGGGAGCAUGUCCAGUGUCUUCAAGGAGCCUGUCACGCUGGUUGUCGAUGUCCAGAGGGACAGUUGCUGCAGGACGGCCACUGUGUGCCAGUGACGGAGUGUCGCUGUGGUAUCCCAUCAGGCAACGGGACACUGGAGUUCAUCCCUAAAGAGGAGCUUACCGUGGACUGUAACACCUGUGUGUGUGAGAAUGGCACUCUGGCGUGCACCAAGCUUCCUUGCCCGGUUUACGAGCCCUGGAGCACGUGGAGCUCCUGCUCCGCUUCCUGUGGGCGUGGCCAAAGGACAAGGACACGCCUCUGCGAGGAGAGAGAGGGCGGGCCUUCGUGUGUGGCCACCACGCAGACAGAGAGCUGUGACCUGCCAGCAUGUCCAGUGGGCUGUUUGCUGAGCGAGUGGUCGCCCUGGAGUGAGUGCAGUGCUACAUGUGGCGGCGGGUUGUCGAUGCGGAACAAGACGGUCCUCAGAGAGCCAGAGCCCGGUGGUACGGCCUGUGCUGGACCACUUGAACAGCACACUGUCUGUAACACCAACAGCUGCCUGCCUGAGUGUCCCAGCGGGCAGGUGUUCAGUACCUGUUCAGGUUCCUGUCCCUACACCUGUGAGGACCUGUGGCCACACACUCAGUGUUUACUUGGACCCUGCACACCUGGGUGUACCUGCCCUCCUGGACAGGUGUUGUAUAGAAACUCAUGUGUGUCCCACGCUGAGUGUCCCUGUUCAGCUCUGUCCCUGCCGCCCGGUUACCAGAGCUUGAAUAUCAGCACUGUGGAGAGUACAGAAGAUUUGCUGCCACCUGGAACAACUGUUCAGCACCUCUGCAACACAUGUGUGUGCCGGGGCGGAGCGUUCAACUGUACCUCAGAGCUCUGCGAUGUGGACUGUGAGUGGUCCAGCUGGUCCCAGUGGAGUCCGUGCUCAGCCAGCUGUGGUACGGGGCAACAGAGCUCCACCAGACUUGUUGUGAAGCCCAGGCAGUAUAGAGGGGCAGCAUGUGAGGGCCCAGACCACCGCACCAUGACCUGCAUGGCCCCCGACUGUGUCUGUCCUGACGGGGAGCAGUGGAGGAGGAGCAUGUCAGAGGAGGUCUUGCUGUGCGAGAGGAGCUGCCAGGACAUUUACUCCUCCUUUCCUGGUAACUGCAGUCACUCUGCUGAGGGCUGCGUGUGCCGGGAGGGGCUUUAUCGAAACACGGAGGGUGUAUGUGUCAUCCCCGCCCUCUGCCCCUGCCAUGACCAGGGCAUCCUGCGAGAGGCAGGAUCAGAGUGGGAGGAGGGCUGCACGUCGUGCCGUUGUGUGAACGGGAAAAAGCUCUGCCAGCUGAAGUGUCCUCCACUCCACUGUGAUGAGGAGGAGGUGAAGGUGGAGGAACCAGGCAGCUGCUGUCCGGUGUGUAGGAAGCAGUUUCCAGGCGAGCCCCAGCCAGAGUGCCGUCGCUACGUGCAAGUCAGGAACAUCACCAAGGGAGACUGCCGGCUUGACAACGUGGAGGUCAGCUUCUGCAGAGGACGCUGUCUGUCCAGGACCGAUGUCAUCCUGGAGGAGCCGUACCUCCGGUCGGUUUGCGAGUGCUGUAGUUACCGUUUGGACCCCGACAACCCGGUCCGCUUCCUCAGCCUGCAGUGUGAGAAUGGAGAGAGCGAGCCUGUUGUGCUGCCUGUCAUCCACAGCUGUGAAUGCACCAGCUGCCAAGGAGGUGACCUGUCCAGACGCUGAGGGAGUGUGCGUGUGAGUGUGUGUGUGUGUGUGUGUGUGUGUGUGUGAAUGUGUGUAUGCACUAGCGAGAGCGAGAACAACACGAACGCCUAG